CCAUUAGGCAUCGUAUAAAUUGCCUGCUUCCUCCAAAUUAGGGUUUUGGGACACUUGGGAGUUGGAGCCAGAAACGAAAACGAGGAAGCAGAAGAGUUCAACACCAGAAAGCAAAGCUCACGAUGGCAAGGAUUAAGGUUCACGAGCUUAGAGAGAGAUCGAAGACGGAUCUUCAGAGCCAGCUUCAGGAGUUCAAGGCUGAGCUCGCCCUCCUCCGUGUCGCUAAAGUCACCGGAGGUGCCCCCAACAAGCUUUCCAAAAUCAAGGUCGUGAGGAAAUCAAUUGCUCAGGUAUUGACAGUGAUCUCACAGAAGCAGAAAUUAGCACUAAGAGAAGCAUACAAGAACAAGAAGUUCUUGCCUCUUGAUCUUCGUCCCAAGAAGACACGUGCUAUCCGUAGACGUCUUACCAAGCAUCAGUCUUCCUUAAAGACAGAGCGUGAGAAGAAGAAAGAGAUGUAUUUCCCUCUGAGGAAGUAUGCUAUCAAAGUCUAGUUUCAAUGUUUCAUUCUCCAGGAUUCCUUACUAGGAAUGAUUCAGCUUUUUGAUUAUUCACUUAUUUUGUCCACCUUUGUUUUUUUACUCAAGUUUUGUCAUGUAACAGUCAAAUCUAUCUCUCACUCCUCGAAAACAUUGUUUCGUAAUAAUUGAAAUUGAACCAGUUCUCGGCUU